AUGGCGGCGGAUUUGGUGGAAGCCGUUGAGGCAUGUUCGGAGUAGACGCGUUAGGAAUUCAAGAUAAAGUUUUACAAAAUUUCACACGUAACAAUUAAAAGUCUACAUGCAAAAACUACACCGAAAUAACUGACAUCAUUGCAAUCAGUGGGCAAUGAUGUGGUCCAGAGUGUGAGUGAAGAAGUCACUGAGAUGUUCCCGGGAAAGAGAGUGACAGAUCCAGUUCCCAUAGUAACCAGACAGCAUGGCGGGGCUCAGCCGAAAGAUUUAAACUGGGCAUGGGAUACUAUUGGGAAAGUUCGUUCGGAGAUUCGCCUUCCUUUUCAGAAUGGAGCACCGUCUGGACGACCCUGACCGUCAUCUUCCACCACCGACUGACCUUCGGCCUGCAGUAGACUUGGGACGUGAGCUGGACCAGACGUACACUGUGCGGGACCAAGUAGCAGCAGCUGCAGCAGCAAAGGCUAGCUGUGACAGGUAUGACUACUCCGCCUAUCAGCGAAGUAAAACAGCGCCCUCUGGUGGUCAUCGCAAGGUCAGCAGAAUAGAUGAGAAGUAUCAUGAGGAAGGUGACCCUCAAGGACGAGUAGGAUCACGGAAAACAGACAGGGAGUCUCGUUCUCGAGCACGGGAUGGAUACCGACAGGAUUACUAUGGCAGCCGUGAUGUAAGGAUGGGUAGCCCAAAGCGAGUUGACUUCUCGCAUAACCUUCACCUUCGUGAAGUGAACACAGAUGGGACAUAUCUGGAUAGUGUUGCCCACCAGGAGUCUUCCACAGCAUCGUCCGCUCAGUCCCUCGACGUCCAGUCCACGCUCACGGACAGUCGUGCCAUCCGGGAGACAGAGCUUCGCUUCUUGAACGAUCACAUUCCAUCAUCACGGACUUACCAGGAUGUGAGAUGGGAUGGGACACGUUUGUCACGUGUCAAUGUUCAAGUUCCGACGGGUACCAUGAGAAAUGGAAGGACUAGAACCGAAAAUCUUCCAAAUAAUUUCGCUAGCGAACAUAGUGAUGGUGGCUUAGAUAGGCGAAGAGAGGACUCUGGGAAGCAGAAACGGGUGAAGAAAUCACUGAAGGACUUACCUGACAAUAAUGAAUUGUUUGAGAAAAUACGAGAGAAGAUACGCCAGCAGCGCCUUACAGCAUCAUCUUCAGAUACCAGUCAAGACAGCAUAGUUGCAGCAUCUGGAGGAUCGUCCGAGACAUCAGACAACCCUCAACAUGUCCUCCACGGCAUCAGCGAUGCUGUCCACACCACUGCUGUAGGAGACGGCGUGGGAGACAUAUGGAUACCAGUCAAGACAGCAUAG